CCCAAAACGUGACCAAGGAUUUCCGAAGCGGGUCAGACGGGAAAACAGAGAUCACUCUGAGCUGGACCCCGCAGGAAAGCGACGCUAACAAACUCGUCCCGAUUUGUUUCACUGCAGACACGGCGACAACCCAAUCAGAGAUGAGAUGUGUCAUUGUCAUGGUGACCCAUACUGCCGUCCUGCAAGGCAGAGCCUCUGUCACCUGCUUGCCCAACAAGAUGACGGUGGCCUUGGAGAAAGCCUCCAUGCCAGACAUCAGUGAGGAGUUUCUGUCCCUCAGAGACCCGUCCUGCACGCUCACCACCAACGGCACCCACAUCGUGGGAACCAUGUCCUUCAGCACCUGUGGCACAAAGCUGGAGGACAAAGGAGACUACAUCGUCUUUAAGAACGAGAUCCACUCCGUCGUGCGGUCCAACGAGGUCAUCAUCCGGAGGAACAAUGUCAAGAUCGACUUCUACUGCGAGUUUCCCAAAACCAUCAGCGUCUCCAACUUCUACCACCUCCACCAGGCUGACUACAUCUUCACCGAGUCCAACUUUGGCAGCUUCGGCUACAGCUUCGAGAUAUUCCAGGACGGCAACUUCACCAGCAGGGUGCCGCCCGACGCCUACCCGGUGCAGGUCAAGAUGAUGGAGAUGAUUUACAUGGGCAUCCAGGCCGUGUCAGAGCUGCCAAACGUCACCUUGUUUGUCGAGUCGUGCAAAGGAACUCCGGACAACAACCCUAAAAACCCCAUGUACUACGACCUCAUCAAGAACGGGUGUGUCAAAGACGAGACGGUUAAGGUCCACCCGUCAAACCAGACGAACUUCAACUUUGAGCUCCAAGCCUUUAAAUUCAACGGAAAUUAUGACCAGGUUUACAUCAUCUGCAACGUCAUCCUGUGUGAGCCUGGGAAUCCCUUUUCCCGAUGUGCGCAGGGAUGUCUGAGCGAGCCGUCCCGCCGACGCAGACGAGGCCUGAGCAUGGAGACCACCGGACACUACAUUACCCAGGGUCCUCUGCAAGUGGCUGGGCUGGCUGGUCCCAGUUCACAUGCGGAGCACAAGAAGAUAAAUGCGGCUCCAAAAAGUCACACGGCUCCUGAAGGAGUUGUUCCAGAAACCAGAUCGGACGGAGAAACCUGGAGGUUCAGGGAGAUGUUUUCCUCCAACAUCACCACAGUGACGCUGGGCAGCGGCUUCGUCCUGUCGCUGGUUCUGCUGGCCGUGGUGGUCCACUACUUCAGCAGGAAGAGGAGAGCUGAAGACCUCAACCUUCUCAUUGAGGACGAGUUUGAGAAAUAAAUUUGCCGCCUCCCUCUGGAAACAGAUGAAUUAAAGGAGACAAACUAAACCAUCUUUUUCCCCCAAAGCACAGGUCUGAGAUCAGUUGUGGUCAGAAUCACAACUCAGUUAUUUCCAUUUCUCACCUGGUUUUACAAAAUCCAGUGAAAAGUUUCAAUCCAAACCACAUUUUAGAGCCAAUUAACAUAUUUUGUUUCUAAGUACAGAAAUAUUACCCAAUGAGUUUUCAGUAACUGGGUUAUUAUACUAUGCAAAAAAGAUAGUUGAUGCAACAAUCAGAAGUUUAAUUUAGGCUUUUUUUCACUCA